AUGCCUCGUGGCAAACCAUCUAGUGGUGCUUCCACCCCAGCACCUGCAAGCCAGCGUCCCAGGCGAUCCACAAGAUCCUCUCUCCUCGCAAGCAAAAACUCCUCGCCAGCUCCUUCGGCGGCAAAUUCGGCUGCCAGCAAACGAGCCACCCGUCUCAGCCGAGGUGCUGCUCAAGAACCCAACAGUGAAACCGUUUCGGAAGUCACCACGCCUGCAGAUCUCACCUCAGACGAGGCCAGUGACUUCACUCCUGCUACUAGCAUGAUGCCAACGCCGAUGUCAAACGAGGCCGGGCAGUCUGCAGGCAAGCCGCCAUCGUUUGUUAUCGAGGUCACUACCUCCCGAGCCCGUUAUGCGGAAAGCGAGCGUGCCCUUUCACUCAAUGCAAAGGGGAAGCGCCGUGCUGAUGUUGUUGACGAUUCUGACGACGACGAUGAUGGCGCCUUCUCUGACGAGUCCUCGGAUGCCAAAGUUGCCCGCAGACUCCAAGAGGAAGAGUACGCCAAAGCCCCGUCCCGGCGCACAACAGUACCAAAACACUUGCAGCACAGCCCCAGGUCUGAUGAUGUGAGCCCUGUCCUGCGCCGGCAACCCAAGAGGGAGCAAUCGAAUUCGACUCCUAGUGGUCCAAGCCGACCUUUGAAGAUCGCCAGAACAGUCUACGACAGCCUUGCCUCAGAAUCUGACGACGGUCUUGCCUCGUAUUCUGACGAUAGCGAUCUCUCAGAUAUUGACAUGGACGCGGAAAUAGCGGCGGCCGCUGCUUUUGAUGAGGGCAAUGCUAUUACAAAUCGUAAGGGCGUCUCCAUUGAGAUCUCUGACUCGGCAGGACUUAGUGAUUCCGAUUUCUCCAUAUAUGGACUCUCCAGUGAUGACGAACCUUUGUCUAAGCCUAAGGGAAAACAGGGAAAAUCAUUUUCUGCAUCCAGGUCCGGUCCUAGCAAGCGUGGGAAUAAGUCUUCCAAGCCUCGCGGUAUGAGCAGUGCGAACGCUAUCAGUAUUCCCAGCGAUGAAUCUGAGACUGCUUCCAGUUCAAACCUUGGUGAUCUUCCUGAUCUUGCGGCUUACCUUCCUGAUGAUGCGGCUGGCCUGCUAGAAAGAAUGUCUGGCCGUCGCAGGGGGUACAGGCGUGGAAACAAACGCCGGGCUGUAACCGAACGAGAACGUCUCGAGGCUCAUCAUCCAGAGCUCCAAACCAUGUGGACAGAUCUGGAAAAGAUGCCAGUAAUCAACGCAGGCAGGGCGGAACAGCCAUCGACCAUUUCACGCCGUCUCAAACCCUUCCAGCUUGAAGGUCUUGCCUGGAUGAAGGAGAUGGAGAAGCAAGAAUGGCGUGGCGGCCUAUUGGGCGAUGAAAUGGGCCUUGGGAAGACGAUUCAGGCUGUUUCGCUCAUCAUGUCCGAUUAUCCCGCCAAGCAGCCCACUUUGGUGCUGGUGCCGCCAGUCGCGCUGAUGCAGUGGCAGUCAGAGAUGAAGUCAUACACUGAUGGCACGCUGAAGACGUUCGUCUUUCACGGCACAAAUGCCAAGACAAAGGGCAUGCAGGUUAAGGACUUGAAAAAGUACGAUGUCAUUAUGAUGUCGUACAACAGUCUAGAGUCCAUCUAUCGAAAACAAGAACGUGGAUUCAAGCGCAAGGAUGGGCUCUACAAGGAAGAAAGCGUGAUUCAUGCUGUUACCUUUCAUCGCAUUAUCCUGGACGAAGCCCACUGCAUCAAGACGCGAACGACAAUGACGGCCAAGGCGUGCUUCGCUCUCAAAACCCAUUAUCGCUGGUGCUUAACUGGAACGCCCCUUCAGAACAGAAUUGGCGAGUUCUUCUCUCUUAUUCGAUUUCUCAACAUUAAGCCCUUUGCAUCGUACCUGUGCAAGCAAUGCCCUUGCUCUACUUUGGAGUGGAAUAUGGAUGAAGACAACCGUUGCCAUAAUUGUGGUCAUGGUGGCAUGCAGCAUGUUUCCGUUUUCAACCAAGAGCUUCUCAACCCGAUCCAGAAGUUCGGCAACUUUGGACCUGGACGCGAGGCAUUUCGCAAGCUUCGGCUGAUGACGAACCGCAUCAUGCUCCGCCGUUUGAAGAAGGACCACACUAAUGCCAUGGAGUUGCCCGUCAAAGAAGUGUUCGUCGACCGUCAGUUCUUCGGCGAGGAGGAGAAUGACUUCGCAAGCAGUAUCAUGACAAACGGUCAACGCAAGUUUGACACGUACGUUCAUCAAGGCGUGCUGCUCAACAACUAUGCCAACAUCUUUGGUCUCAUCAUGCAGAUGCGUCAGGUCGCAGAUCAUCCCGAUCUGAUCCUCAAGAAGAAUGCGGAUGGCGGCCAGAACGUGCUCAUCUGCUGCAUCUGCGAUGAGCCGGCCGAGGAUACCGUCCGGAGCCGCUGCAAGCACGACUUUUGCCGAGCCUGUGUGUCGGGUUACAUACACUCCACCGACGAGCCCGACUGCCCGCGAUGCCACAUCCCGCUCUCUAUUGACCUGGAGCAACCAGAGAUUGAGCAGGACCAGUCAAUGGUGAAGAAGUCUUCAAUUAUCAAUCGUAUCAAGAUGGAGAACUGGACGUCGUCUUCCAAGAUUGAACUGCUUGUUCAUGAGCUACACAAACUUCGCUCGGACAAUGCGUCGCACAAGUCCAUUAUAUUUUCGCAGUUUACGACUAUGCUACAGCUUGUGGAGUGGCGUCUACGCCGCGCGGGCAUCACAACGGUCAUGUUGGACGGCAGCAUGACGCCGGCACAACGCCAGGCGUCGAUUGAACACUUUAUGAACAACGUGGAUGUAGAGUGCUUCCUCGUGUCACUCAAGGCCGGUGGCGUCGCCCUCAACUUGACGGAAGCAUCGCGUGUCUUCAUCGUCGAUCCGUGGUGGAACCCGGCGGCCGAGUGGCAGUCUGCGGAUCGAUGCCAUCGUAUCGGGCAGACGCGCCCGUGCACGAUUACGCGGCUGUGCAUCGAGGACUCGGUUGAGAGCCGCAUGGUGCUGAUCCAGGAGAAGAAGACUAGCAUGAUCCAGUCGACAGUGAACGGCGACGACAAGGCCAUGGAGUCGCUGACCCCCCAGGACAUGCAGUUCUUGUUCCGCGGCAGCUAA